CUCUACAAUCUGUGACUCCCCUCAGCAUCAUGGCCGCUCCCAUAAAAUUAAAGAGUCCAUUCAUUAUGAUAUUUACGCGGUGAAUUGAGAGUAACAUUUAAUAACCAAUCCAUAAAUUUAUCAACAAUACACAUCAUCAUCUAAAAAUUAAUUGUAACAACAAUUCAAAUGAAAAUUAAUCAUUGUCAAAGUAUCCUUACUAAUUUAAAUAACUGAAAAAUAUAAAUAUAUAGAUUGUUAAUCAAUCAUCGCAUGAGUUAUAACAAUAAUAUCGCCGUUUGGUUUGUAACUUGACAGAUGCGAAGUGUACUAAUUAAUUUAAUUUUUAAAUUAUUAAGAAGAAUAAUUAAUAAAAGUGAAAGGAUAUGAGACAAUGAUGCCGAUAAAGGAUAAUCAAGAUGUGGCAUGUUUCCUUGUCACCAAACACUCAUGGAAGGGAAAAUACAAACGUAUUUUCUCAAUUGGAUCCAUGGGUAUCACGACAUAUAAUCCAAGUAAUUUAGAAGUUACAAACAAAUGGGAGUAUGCUGAUUUUAUAAAUGUACAACCUACCAAUAAAAGUCAACUUGGUUUACAUGAAUUUAGCAUCACAAUGCGUAAGGAACGUAAAGUUGAUACUAUGAAAUUUAGCUCGGAACAUAGAGCGCAUUUAUUAACUGAAGCACUUAAAUACCGUAAUCAGUUUGCUGAAAAACCUAAAGAGAUACUCAGAUAUCAAGCGUACAAACAUCAUUGGUCAGACACACGUUUGCCAGUUGUUUUAGAAGUAACACCAUACAGUCUAGACCAAUUAGAUCCAGCAACAAAUAUGUUACUCGCGAGUUACUAUUACAAGGAUAUUGAUGGAUUAGGUACAAUGAAAGAUUAUCAAGAUGGAUUCGUGAUAGUAAGCAGUGGUUUCGGACGAUUACAUUUAUUUUCAUCACAGCACAUUGAAGAGAUAAAACGUAAAAUUGUUGAUUUGGCUCACACUAAUUUAGGAUUAACCAUGACUGUAUUAAAAGAAAAAAUACCAAUGGACGAAUUUAUAAUGCAGCGUAUGGGUAGAUACAGUGGAGACGAACAUAUAACAAGUGUAUCUGAAUUUACAGUACAUAAAAUAUCAUCACGCCAUUCAGAUCCACAGCGUAGAACACUGUGUCUAUCGGAUACAUGUUUGUUGGAGAGAGAUCCACAGACUUAUAAUAUAUGUACACUGAGGCCGCUUUCAGAUAUUUUUGUUCUUGUACGUGACAACGCAAAUCCACAAUUGUUUACGAUACAAUAUCUCAAUGGACAAUUACGCAGUUACAUGGCUACUGAUCGAGAUUCAUUAUUAGCAUCUCUGUUGGACGGCGUUCGUGCAUCAGGAAAUAGAGAUGUUCAUGUUAAAAUGAAUGUGAUUGCACGUGGGAAACGUCUUGGUCCAUUAAAUUUACCAGUUGAUGAGGAAGUGGAAAUAUCACAUGUUAAAUUUUUACAACAACCACCUGGUGGACGGUUUUUUGCUGAAAUACUUGAACGGUUUAAUGCUAAUAUACCUUACAGUGGUCUUCAUUAUUCUGUUACACAAGACGGUAAGAAACCGCUCGAAUGGACUGUAACCACCGUGCAACUUGAGGUACAUCGGAUGAUGAAUGACUACUUACAGGGAUUAUUUACCGAGAAUAAAGAUAAAAUAAUACUCGGUGCUCUCAGCUCGUUGGUUAAUCGUGAUUUGGAUACAAACACUGAAGUCGAAGCGCAAUUUCAUGCUUUGAGACGAUUGGUAGCAAGCAAAGUUGGUUUUAUGGCUUUCACAACAUUACCAGGUUUUCGUGAAGCUAUUGGUAAUAAAGUUGUCAAAGCAUUAAAACGACAAGACUGUGGUGUUACACAAUCGGCUAUUGAUUGUAUCUGUGCAUUGAUGCAAGCGAUGCAUGAUGACUGUGAUUUAAGGCAGGAACAAUUAAACAAAAGUAGCCUGCUCAGUAGUAAUAAGUUUUUGGAAAGUCUUCUGGACAUGUGGAUAAAUCAUGUUAGUCAUGGGACAGGCGCGCUGGUAGUGUCUGCGAUGCUAGAUUUAUUAACAUUCGCACUGUGUGUACCCUACAGUGAAACAACUGACGGCAAACAUUUUGACAAUUUACUGGAGAUGGUUGCGUCCCGUGGACGGCCACUGUUUAAAUUAUUUCAGCAUCCAUCACUCGCUAUUGUUAAAGGCGCUGGACUUAUAAUGCGGGCUAUUAUUGAAGAAGGUGCACCGGAAGUUGCUGCUAAAAUGCAAGAACUUGCUCUAGCUGAAGGUGCAUUACCAAGGCAUUUAUUAAACAGUUUGUUUACUCUCGGUAGUGACGGCAGACUUUUAACUCACAGGCAGUUAUGCCGGCAUCUCGUUGGUCUUUGGGUUACUGGUCAUCCCACAGCUAUGGGACUAUUGAAACGUAUCUUGCCAAGUGGUCUAUUGACGUAUUUAGACUCACAAGAAAAAGUACCCGAUUCAUUUCUUGAAGAGGAGCGACUGAAUAAUCGUGAUAAUUUAAAAAUGGCUAUUGAUCAUGCAUCAAAAAAUAAACGUGGCGCACAAUGGAUUGCAAUGGAACGUCAUAUGCGUGUUAUUGAAAAGCAUGUAGAAAAUGCGUUACAGCAUUGGGGUGCCCGUGUUGGUAUUGAACGCCGUGAAAAAAUAAAAGAACGUCCAAUAGUAUUGAGAAAACGUCGGGAGAGAAUUAAAUCAGAGGCUAAUUGGAAAUUAUUUUAUUAUAAAUUUAAUCAAGAUCAUGCAUUACCAAAUCUUAUAUGGAAUCAUAAAACGCGGGAAGAAUUACGGACGGCAUUAGAAAAUGAAAUACGUGCAUUUACUUCUGAUAAAGAUUUAUCUGGUGGUACAUUGAUAGCAUGGAAUCACCGUGAAUUUGAAGUACAGUAUUUAUGUUUAUCUGAUGAAGUUAAAAUUGGUGAUUAUUAUUUGAGAUUAUUAUUAGAAAAAGAUUGUCCAGAUAGUCCAAUAAGAAAGUCGUAUGAAUUUUUUAAUGAUUUGUAUCAUAGAUUUUUAUUAACAACAAAAGUUGAAAUGAAGUGCCUUUGCUUGCAAGCAAUGACUAUUGUCUAUGGGCGUUAUUAUGAAGACAUUGGUCCAUUUUCCGAUACAAAAUACAUUGUAGGUAUGUUAGAACGAUGUACAGAUCGUACUGAACGUGAUCGUCUGGUAAUGUUUAUACAUAAAUUAAUAUUACAUCGUAAAAAUGUAAAAGAUAUUAUGGAUCAAAACGGUGUACGUGCACUUGUUGAUUUAUUAACACUCGCUCACUUACAUACGUCACGUGCGAUGGUCCCCACACAGACUAAUGUAAUAGAAGCAGGUCCUGAACAGGAGCGAGUGUUGGAAAAAGAGUGGUAUUACAAUGACGGAGAUCGUCGAGCCGGUCCAGUUAGUCUUAAAGAAUUAAAAGAACUCUAUACAACAAAUAAACUAACGCAUAAAACAAAAGUAUGGGCACAGGGUUUAGAUGGCUGGCGUAUUAUUUCACAAGUACCUCAAUUAAAGUGGACGUUAGUUGCCAAAGGAACGCCAGUUGUAAAUGAAAGUGAAUUAGCAACUUUAGUAUUAAAUAUUUUGAUACAAAUGUGUGAGUAUUUUCCCAGUCGUGAUUCAGAUAAUGCUGUCAUACGUCCAUUACCACGUGUUAAAAGAUUAUUGUCAGAUUUGCAGUGUUUACCGCACGUUGUACAAUUACUGCUGACAUUUGAUCCUGUUUUAGUUGAACGUGUCGCAACAUUACUGUGCGAAAUAAUGAAAGACAAUCCAGAUGUAUCGAAAAUAUAUUUAAGUGGGGUAUUUUAUUUUAUAUUAAUGUAUACUGGUUCAAAUGUCUUACCGAUAGCAAGAUUUUUACAGCUAACUCAUACUAAACAGGCAUUUCGUGGUGAUGAUACAGCGCAACCAUCAGAUAUUAUGCAGCGCAGUAUUUUAGGACAAUUACUACCCGAUGCAAUGGUCAGUUAUCUUGAAAAUCAUGGCGCUGAAAAAUUCGCCCAAAUAUUUCUAGGUGAUUUUGAUACACCUGAAGCAAUAUGGAAUGCUGAAAUGCGUCGUACAUUAAUCGAAAAAGUAGCAGCUCAUAUUGCUGAUUUUUCACCUCGGUUACGAAGUCAUACUAUGAGCCGUUAUCAGUACAUAGCAAUACCGGCAGUGCGUUAUCCGCAAUUAGAGAAAGAAUUAUUUUGUCAAAUAUUCUACCUACGGCAUUUGUGUGACACUGUUAGAUUUCCAAAUUGGCCUAUACCUGAUCCCGUACAUCUACUAAAAGACGUAUUGGAUGCGUGGAAAAAAGAGGUAGAAAAAAAACCACCGAUAAUGACAGUAGAUGAGGCAUACAAAGUUCUAGGUCUUCCAAGCGGUCGUCAACACAAUGAAGCUGAUGUAAGAAAAUCUUAUUACAAAUUAGCCCAACGUUAUCAUCCAGACAAAAAUCCUGAUGGACGUGAUAAAUUUGAAGCUGUCAACCAAGCGUAUGAAUUUUUGUGCAGUCGCAGUUGUUGGACAACUGAUGGUCCAAAUCCUGAUAACAUUGUCCUAAUUUUACGCACACAAAGUAUAUUAUUCCACCGUUAUACUGACGAGUUGCGUCCAUACAAGUACGCGGGUUAUCCGCAGUUAAUAAAGACAAUCAAACUGGAAACAGAGGACGAAAGAUUAUUUUCAAAAUCAGCCCCGCUUUUGUCAGCAGCAAGCGAACUGGCUUAUCAUACAGUACAUUGCUCGGCAUUAAAUGCUGAAGAGUUGAGACGUGAAGGUGGUUUAGAUGUUUUACUAGAUGCUUACACACGUUGCGUCAGUGUACUGAACAAUUCAAGUAAACCUGAUGAUGUCGCUGUACAAGUUUGCACGCAUAUUACUAAAUGUUUUGCUGUCGCCGGUAGAUUCCGGGGAUGUCGUGAUAAAAUUGUUGAAUUACCGCAGCUCAUUAAAGAUUUAUGUAGAAUAUUAUACUUUAAACACUUGACAAAAUUGUGUUCCGUCGCGACCGAGUGUGUGUCAUCUCUUGCGACGGAUAGUAUUCUCCAGAUGCAAUUAUUGCAGUCAGGAGCACUCUGGCAUUUACUUUUGUUUAUGUUUAAUUAUGAUUACACUUUAGAGGAGGGUGGAGUUGAACGUAAUCAAGACGAAAAUCGACAAGAAGUUGCUAAUAAUUUAGCUAAGUUGGCAAUAAAAGCUUGCGCGAGACUUGGCGGGUACAUGACUGGUGAUAAUGCGACACCGGUUAAUCCGGUAACUGUUGCCGCUUUAGAGACUCUAUUGACUCCUUAUCUAUCGCGACAGCUGUCCAAAGAUAAACCUGAAAAUAUAUUGAAGACACUCAACUCAAACUGUUCAAAUCCGUACCUCAUAUGGGACAAUGGAACUCGUGCCGAGUUGAAUGAAUACCUCGAGAGUAAACGUCAGGAAAAACUCAAUGGAAAUGACAGCCUUGAACAUGAUUUUAGUAAUUUUAAGUACAGUGCACACAACAAUGAAUUAAUAAUUGGUGAAAUAUUUGUUAAAGUUUACAAUGAACAGCCAACGUUUCCUAUUGAAAAUCCAAAAAGUUUCACUAUUGAUUUACUUAAUUUCAUUUUAAAAUCAUCAGAUCAUAUUUGUUCAUUAAAUAAUAGCGUAACGUUGUCUAAAAAAGAUCAAGAUAAAUUAAAAAAUGUCGUAAUGGCACUUGAAGCUUUAAAAAAUGUUAUAAAAAAUAAUCCGGGAAUUGAAAUUCAAUGUAUCGGUCAUUUUAAUUUAUUAUUUACAUUAUUAAGUUGUAAUAAUUUCAAACCAAUUCAACGCGGCGCACUUGAAGUUAUUAAUAAUGUUACUAAAAAUCACGAGUGUGUAAAUGAUAUUGCUGCUAAUGAAGUUGUUGUUCAUUUACUAUUGGCAUUAAAUACACUAAAAGAAUGUCAAUUAUUAACACUAGAAACUCUUUAUGCGCUAAUGAGUACAACCAAAAUAGUCAAAGACGCAUUAGCCAAAGGUGCUGUGAUUUAUAUACUGGACUUAUUUUGUAACUCGCCAAAUUUACAAAUACGUGAAACAGCUGCUGAAUUAUUGGCUAAAAUGUCAUCAGAUAAAUUGGCUGGUCCUAAAGUUAAACUUGAUUUGUCAAAGUUUUUACCAAAACUGUUUGGCGAAGCAAUACGAGAUGCACCUAAACAAUGUGUACAUAUGUUUGAAACAAAACAUGAAAAUCCUGAAUUAGUUUGGGAUGAUGAUUCUAAAAUACGUGUAUCAAGAAUUAUUGGUGAAUUAAAAGAUGAGUAUUAUUCAUUACAAAAACGUAGUCCGAAUGCAGUAUUAAAAUUGCCAGAAACCCAAAAUAAUUUUGAUACUGCGACAAAUGAACCGGUUGUCGGUGGUGUUUACUUGAGAUUAUUUAUUGCAAGUCCUGCAUGGGCACUUAGAAAACCUAAAGAGUUUAUGAGUGACUUGAUGGACUGUAUUUUAUCCUUGAUGGCGAGAGAUACUGUAGAUACGGAUAUGUUAGAAUUAAGUACGCAAGCAUUGGUGUGUUUAUUGCAAGCCCAACCAGCUUUGGCGGAUCAAGUACCCUCGUUGGGACAUAUACCAAGAUUGUGUCGGCAAAUGUCUGUACGUAAUAGCCAACCACCGGUUUAUAAAUCAGCAAUACUUAUUUUACAUCAAUUGGCUACUAGUGAAAUUUGUAUUAAUUCUAUUUGCCAAACGGAUUGUAUUAGUCCUUUGAAGCUCGCUAUGCAGUCACGUAGAGAUAUGAUCGCUGUUGCUUGUGAAACAUUAAAUAGACUUUUUUCUACGAAUGAAGAUCGUCUUAUUAAACAGGCACUUGAAGCUGAAAUGGUACCUUAUUUAUUAAAUAUACUUGAAGGACGUCUUGAUUUAAUUGAAAAUCCAGCAAUGACUAAAGCCCAAAUAGUUAAAGCGUUGAAAGCUAUGACGCGAAGUAUAUUACUUGGAGAAAGAGUUAAUUCGAUAUUAGAAAAAUCAUCUGUUUGGGCGGAAUAUAAAGACCAAAAGCAUGAUUUAUUUAUAUCAAAUACACCAACUGUUGGUUAUUUAACCGCAGGAAUGCCAGUGUCAGCAGGAUAUCUGACAGCUGGUCCAAGUGCUCCAAUCCCUAGUGCACCACCACCAGUCAAUAGAGAAGAUCGUGUGAACAAUAGACACGAUCAUAUUUGAUACAAUUAAUUAUAAUAUAAAUAAUAAUAAUGAUAAUACUAACAAUAACAAUAAAUGUCCAAAGUGGUAGCAGCAAUCUCAAGCUCAAUACAUCUGAAUAUUCGUCGUUCUCAGCUGAACAACUACAUUUAACGGUUUGUCUGUGAUUUUCUAUUAUGAUUCCAUUUUUAAAAUUAAAAGAAAAAAUAGUUUGCUUUGCUUCGAGACAAUUUCAAUGGGAUUUUAUUGAAUGAUUUUUUUUUCGUCAUAAUCUGCGCAAUAGAAUUGAAAUUUAAGUAAGUAAAUUAAUUGAUAACUACUAAUAUUUAGAUUUUUAAAAGUAUCUAAAGUAGAUUUUUUAACGCGAUAAAAUUAUAUUUACUAAUACUUUUAAAUAAUAAAUAUUAAGGCUUAUUUAUAAUUAAAAUAAUUAAUUUUUAAAAUUAAUAUUACAUUUUUUUCUGUACUAUAUUUUUUAAAAUAAAUGUUGAAAAUUUUUAUUUUAGUUUUAUUGAUAAAAAAAGUAUUGAUUUAAAUAGUAUUGAUUAAAUUUAUAAAUUAGAACAAAAUAUCUGGGUUCAGUUUAAAAAUUAAUUUUUUUGAAUUAUAAAAGGCCAUGUUUAAUUGUCGUACUUAUUAUUUAAAUAUAUUUUAUUUUAUUUCCGGAAGUCUCGCCUGCUGAAUGAAUGAUAUUUUUUUUUUAAUCACUUAUGAUAAUAAUCUUUUGACAAAAGUUCGUAUUUUAUAUUUUCAUAAAUUUAUGACAUCGAUAAAGGAGAUAUUCUUUUUUCACGUCCAUUUUUUUUUUUUUUUUGAUAGAUACCAUUAUAAAAAUUUAUAUUUUUAAAAUAAUUUUAUUGACAUUUAAAAAAACAAAGUAAAGCUAAAUAUUAAAUGACGCAUUUUCGACUUCAAAA